AAAUUCCGUGUUUACUUCGACACGCUUGCGAUGCCCUGCAAUUCAGUGCAGUUUGUGCAAUGGCAUUAUUUACAUUUCUUUUGUGUUUUUCAAUUUUCCUCCUAGGAUUGACUUUGUAUUUGAAGAGGCUCAGCAAAGAGUACUAUUUGUUGGCAUUCUGUAAACUCUUGAAAACGGUGGAUGGUAGUAAAGUAACGGAUAAGGUGUACAUAGUGCCGGGACGCACGAUUUUUGGCAACAACUUCGACAUAUUGAAUUCAAAUCCGGAGGAUAUUUACUAUUGGUCUCGCGAUCUCUAUCAACGCGCAAACGGUAAACCUUACGCUUUAUAUUAUUACCAAGGGGUCAUUUACUCAAUAACAAGCCCGGAAGCCGUACAAGAGGUUUUCCAAAGUCAAACAUUAAACGCAAAAGGCAUUUUAUAUGACUUGGUGCGUCCGUUCUUGGGUGAGGGAUUGCUUGUGAGCUCGGACCAACAAUGGCAUGACAGACGGAAAUUGCUCACACCAGCAUUUCACUUUAAUAUAUUGCAGAGUUUCAUUGAAGUUUUCAAAAAUGAAACUUUAAAACUAGUGAACUUGUUAAGCGCGAAGCAGGAUCAAAAUAUGAAUCUAAAUGAAAUUAUACCGGAAUUCACUUUAAACAGUGUUUGUGAAACCGCGCUUGGCAUUUGCUUGGAUGACAUAACUGGCAGCAGCGAGUAUCGCAGGGUCAUACAUGACAUAGAGUUAGUGAUGGUGGACCGGACAUGUAAUCCGUUCAUGUAUUUCCCUUGGAUAUUCAAAUUAUUCGGCGAUCACAAAGGAUUUUACAAAAAUUUGAAGGUGGCACAUGACUUCAGCAGUAAGAUUAUAACAAAGAAACGCGAGGAAUUUCAAAAACGGCAAUUUGCCAACGAAACUGUGGAAGGAAAUGAUGAUGAAACUGGUAAGCGAAAACGUUACGCCAUGUUGGAUACGCUUUUCCACGCCGAAUCUCAGGGUGCCAUUUAUCAUGGAGGCAUUUGUGAUGAAGUUAAUACAUUUAUGUUUGAGGGUUAUGAUACGACGGCAACGUGUCUGAUUUUUACAUUAUUUAAUUUGGCCGUACACCCAGAUAUACAAGAGAAAUGUUACCGAGAAGUCAAAAAUUGCGAUUUGCCAUCGAUGAGCAUUUUCGACUUCAAUCAGUUGGCAUAUUUGGAAUGUGUUGUAAAGGAAACACUACGUCUCCAACCCUCCGUGCCCUUCAUUUCGCGUUACUGCCGCGAGGAUACAGAACUCAAUGGUGUGAUAUUGUCCGCUGGCAGCCAAAUUAAUAUACACAUACUCGAUAUAAUGCACGAUGAACGGCAUUUUCCGGAUCCUUUGAAAUACGACCCCGAUCGAUUUUUGCCGGAAAAUAGCUUAAAUCGACAUCCGUUCGCAUUUGUGCCCUUCAGCGCUGGUUCAAGAAAUUGCAUAGGUCAGAAAUUUGCUAUGCUGGAGAUUAAAGCUAUGCUAGUGGGCAUUUUGCAGAAUUUCCGCUUACUGCCAGUCACCAUGCCCGAGGACAUACGCUACGAAUAUGGUUUGGUUUUACGCACAAAAGAAAAUAUUUUAGUUAAGAUGGUAAAAAGGGCAAAUUAGAUAAAUAAUUGUAAAGCAAUUAAAUACUUGUGGGUAGCUUGUGCCAUCACAUUGAGAUGGGCUGUAUCUACGCUAUGGAAAUUUCAUUUUUUAAUGGAAUUUGUUGUAUAUUAUUUCUGACCAAUAUAUGCUGUCUCAAUGCAUUAAAUGUUUAAAAUAUACAUAUUUGCUUUUCUAAUUUCCGUAAGUUCACCGGAAGCGGCAUCAAUAACUACUUUCUUAUGUGCUAAUAGCCAACAAUCAAAAUUUUACCUGAAAUUAAUAUCAUCAACAGUAAUUUUUCGCAUAAAUCCAUUACUUAAAUCAAUGCCACACUAAUUAAUAUUAACCCUCAAUUUAAUCACACAAAAAUUAUACUUUUCAUAAAAUUGCAAACUCAACUUCUCACAAAGAACUGAAUUUCCUUUGCAUUUUUAUUCAACUAUUCCCGCCAAUAUUGCGCGCCAUCUACCAUCGAAUAGCGUAUAAUGCCAAAACAAUUGCCAAAAACAAACAGCAAUUUAUAUUGAUGAGCCACUGGUUAGAGCGAAACAACAAUUCUCUUCAUAGGCAUUGACAAUUGCAUGGUAUUUUGUGAGCAGAAUUCCAAUUGGCAUUUUGAGAGCCAUAACACGCUCCCAACAAAACGCAACGGCAAUAUGGAAACACACACACACACAAAUACACCUGCAUGGAAUGCCUGCAUUUUGCGAAAAAAAAAGCACUGAAGCCACAGAAGUUCCGAUGCCCGUAAAUGACGAACCCCGCACCCUUUCAUCGAAAUUUCGAAUGCACUUUAUUAUUUAAACAUUGCUAAAUGCACUUACCACACUCAGACUCCAAUAGGAAUACGGUAAAAAGCACAAAACUAAAAACAGAAGCGCGACUGCGUCCGCGAUACAACAACACUUCGGCCAUUUUUAAUUGAAAUUGAAACUAAAAAAAAAACAUCAAAUUCAAAACACACAUCAGAGAACGUAUAAUAUAGAGAAGGUUCAAUUGCGGACAAGCGUGUGAACUGUCAAGAGCUAACAAAAUCCUAUUAGUGGAUUUCACCACUUUUGGCUGAGAAGGGGAAAUGUUAACAGUGCUGAGCGAACAGAGCUGAGCAUUCAAUGAAAAUUAUGCUCGGAAAUAUACAUUGCUAUUACAGACGUAUGUUGCUCUUUUGCCUAUCUUUUUAUACGUUUACAUGCAAUCAUAUCAAUUGAUAUGAAUAUCAUUUUGCGAAUUUUUGUGAAUUCAUGCAAAAUUGAUAAUAUUGUAAUGAAAUUAUGCUAUUU